UGAGCGUAUCCUAAUCCCACACGAUCUUGGCUUUCACAGUUGCUCCAUCUGAAAGCAACGCGAGAGCGAGUAACCAUUGACAAAAAGAUUUCUCAAUCUUCCCAUCACUUUUAACGCACAUUUUCUAUUUUUGCUUCGAGGUGGCGGACCUGUCAAAGCCAAGGUCUAGCCAGAUCGGCCAGGUCUAACGAACUUCUUGGGAUUGCAUUGCUCCUAGUGUUGAAGACGUAGUCAAAAAGAGUAAAUUUUCACUUUCAGCCGUGGAAAAAAUGAUCAUUUAUGUCGAGUCAGCCCGAAUCACAAAAUUGGCUUCGUUUUGUAACGGUUAUUUUAAGGUCUUAUCAGAAAUCACAUAAUGCUACAGUCAUGAUUGAAUCGCCAACUUAAAAGAAUUGAAUUAUUUGGGCACCGAAAGUCUUACCUGCAAUUAUUGUCCUCUCUCCUAAAGAAACAAAAAAGAAAUGAGGGCAACUAAACAAACAUCUUUAAUAUCCAAAUCACCUAUUUCAUUGAAAAAAACACCAACAAAUUACACAUUUCCCUAAGUACGAAAUAUUUUAACUCACCUGACGCAAAUCGAUUGAUCUUGAUUGGCCAAAUGUUGGCCUCCAACAAAAUUGAAAGUCCUAACCAAACCGUUGUCUUGGCCAAAGAAAUACUGAGUACAGCCUUCUGGGGCCAGAUUGUCAAAAUCACAACUGUAUUGAGUGACUUUGAUGGACCAUUGGCGAUUGGCCAAAGUUGUUCCAACCCCAGCUGUUCCCAAUUGGAAGUUCAUGGAACGCCUUUCCGGGAAAACCAUCAUGCAUUAUUGGAGGCAUUGGAGCGUGUCAAAGUGGUUACUAAUCUUCCUCCUCAUGACAUAGAGGAUCUAGGACAUCAUUCACAGUUGUCAUCUUCUUUCUCCAUCGUCAACAUGAUCCGCAGAUUGUGCCUUAUUAUCUUAGCCCUCGGGACUUGCUCACCCGUGCUCAAUAUGGAUAUUGAUCAAUUGAACAAGACCGACAACCAUCGACGUGGAAAAGUCAUUUCUUUAUUCAGUGUGGUGACAUUUGGCAAUGUGGCUUGUCAAAGCUCUUUAACUUACACAACCAAUACCAUCGGUGGAGUAUCAGUUCAACGGACUCGAAAUGGAACGUGUUUCACCGAAUCAGAAUGUUCAUCGUUGGGUGGAAAUGCCCAAGGAGCGUGUGCUUCUGGCUUUGGGGUGUGUUGCGUGUUCUUAAUCUCGGAUCAGGCCUUAGACAUCACUCAAAAUUGCACCUAUAUCCAAAACCCCAACACUCCUCUUGUGUAUACCAGUACCUCGAGUCUUCAAUAUACUAUCCGAAAGUCACAGGACAGUGUGUGCCAAUUGAGACUGGACUUCGAAUCAUUUGCUCUUCGCGGAACUGACACCCAAUCGGAGGCAACGGGAGGCACUUGUCUCGAUCAAUUUGUUGUCACAACUUCGAAUAACUUUCCGGUCCCCACCAUUUGUGGUCAAAACCAAGGCCAACAUAUUUAUGUCGAUUUGGGCCAAGCGAAUACAGCCACUGCCGAUUUGGACUUUUCGUUCACUGGUGAAUCCACCAUUCGCAAUUGGGAUAUCAAAGUCACUCAAAUACCAUGUGGCAACACUGCGGCUCCUAACGGAUGCCUACAAUACCAUUUUGGCUUAUCUGGACGCUUAACCUCGUUCAACUUCAAUCCCACGAAUGACAACCAUUUGGCGUCUCAAAACUACAAUGUCUGCAUUGACCAAGAAGAUGGCUUCUGUUGUGUUGAAUAUACCCAAUGUACGGAUACUGAUUCGUUCUCCCUGUCCACUGGAACAUCCACCAUUGAUACGGCUCAGCAAAAAGUUCUCUUUGGCUCACUUUGUUCCCUUGAUUUCGUCAUCAUUGAAGGGUCGAGUGGAGCUUGUAAUAUGGGAACCGGUGGAGUCAGUAACAACCGAUAUUGUGGAUCGUUUUUGGGAUCCACAGCAAUGGCCACGACUGGUUCACCCAUUUGCGAUUGCACCUCUCCAUUUCAAGUUGGCAUCAGGACCGAUGAAUUGGCUGAUGGCUCAGCAGCAAUCAAUUCCAAGGCCUCUCGAGGCGUCUGUCUUACUUUUUCUCAAAUCCCUUGUUAAGAUCCAUGUUACUUAAGAACUAAAUAUAUACCCCUGAACAAUU